AUGAUGCCAGUUCCUUUAUUGAAAUCAGCAACACGUAUGACAGACAGCGAGCACUGUGAUGGUUUCGAACCAUCAACCGCGAACUUGCAUGCACACAUCUUACCGGUACCAAUGCCCGUUCCAUUUGCUCUAAGAUGCACUGUAAUUGGUAAAAUUCAAGCUGGAACUGAACUUUUGAACCAUCAUGACGUCGUAGUAGAGUCCCCUACAGGAUCCGGAAAGACGCUUGCUUAUCUACUCCCAACAUUCGCGAUUCUUCACAAAAGAGGAGCUUUUGGAAAACAUGAAUUUGGAGCCGUUGUUCUCACUCCUUCUCGGGAACUUUCAUCUCAAAUAGCAACGGUGGCCGCUCCGUUCCUUGAGAAACUGGGCUUCUCUAUCACAGUUACUGUAGGAGGAACAAAAGUGGAACAAAAUCUGAAAAAAUUGAGAGAUUCAGGAGGAAACAUACUAAUUGCAACACCUGGUCGUUUAUCCCACCUUUUAUCGUUAGAUAAAAAUGGGAGUUUGAAGCGCUCGCUGAAAACCGUCGAAGUACUUAUAGUGGAUGAAGCUGAUCGGUUUCAUGAAUCACAAUUUGAGAUGCAAUUUAAGGAAAUACUGCAGUCUCUACCAAAACAGCGACGAACAGGCUUGUUCUCAGCUACCCAGGCGAAAGAGCUGGAUGAUCUGACGAUGUUUGGAUUAAGAAAUAAAAAAUUGAUAAGAAUCAAGCAGUCAGCUAACUUAGUCUCACCUUCUACUCUGAAUAACUUUUAUACAGUGUGUGAAGCAGGCGAAAAAUUGAGUUGUGUUGUCGAAUUCAUCCGAAACAAACCGGACAAGAAAAUUCUGGUGUUUUUUCCUUCUAGCGGUGGAGUCAUAUACUUUCAAAUGAUUCUCUCGAGAGUUUUAACAAAACGGACCUUGUGUGCCGUUCAUGGUCAUAGUUCAACGAAUGAGCGUUCAAAACAGAUAGAAACUUUCCGUAAAAACGAUAACGCCGUGAUGCUAUCAACCGAUGUGAUGUCUCGCGGUAUUGACAUCCAGGAUAUUGACUGGGUUGUACAAUUUGAAAUUCCAAAGUUGUCUAGCUGGUUCGUCCACCGUUGUGGACGCACUGCUCGAUGUGGUCGUGACGGCAACGCUUUGCUCGUGAUUUCUUCUGGGCAGGCUGCCUAUAUUGGUUAUUUGACGAAGCAUGAACAGGUGGAAUUAAAGCAAAUCUUUGUACCAACAAAUAGUGCUGCUAAAGCAAAUCAACUCAGAGAGAAAAUCGUCAGGAUUGUAUGCACCGAUCGCGAAAUUCUGGAAGCUGGCUCCCGAGCAUUCGUUUCGCACAUUGAAAGCUAUGUGAAGCAUGACUGUAAUAUAGUGUGUGGACUAAAAGAUCUUGACGUACCCGGGUUGGCACAUGCAUACGGCCUUCUUCGACUUCCGAAAAUGAGAGAACUGAGUGGAAGAAAGGAUUUAGAUAAAUUCCAAAGAAGCAGCAUUGACACGUCAGCGAUAAAAUAUGCGAACCCAGCAUUAGAACUAAAGCGAACUGAGAUAAUGGCCGCGAAGCACGAGAAGAAGUUGAAGGUUAAGAAGGAGAGGUUGGCAAAACAAUCAUUAAACAAGAAGGGAAAGGACAAAAAGAUUUCUGAGAAAGAUGGUGGCACGUUAGAGAAGGGAUCGAAGGCGUUGAAACGAAAAAUACUGCAGAAUGCCGCCGAAGAAAAAGAUGACUUUGAAAGUGAUGUGAAGUUAUUGAAGAAGAUGAAAAAGGGUCGACUCAGCCAGAAAGAACUGCGAGAUGUUUUGUAA